AUGCAAUUCUCAACUUUCCUCGUCGCUGCUGCCUUCGCCGCCGGUGUCAUCGCUGAUACCCAUUUCAAUGCCAUCUGUGUUGAUGAUGCCGAAGGAGGAUUCGUCUACAACGCAGCCGCAACCGAGAAAUCCUGCAACGACUACCUUCUCCGCAACCAAGGCCAAACCGGCUUAGAUUUCUGGGAGACUUGCGCUGACUGCAAAAUGACUACCGCCAACGAAAUCCCAUUCUGCAACUCUGCAGCCGGAAGCAUUGGAGGCAAUGAGAUCACUGAUUACUGCAAGGCCAACGGUGCUCAAGGUGCUCGCACAUAG